CGCUCGAGGCCUUUGUGCGUCACUCCUUCUUGAGGACUGCUCCCUGUUAUGGCCCGCUUUCAAUUGCGCGCGACAUUGGUCGCAUUGUCCAUGUCACUGGGAACGUUGGCCGCGGUAGGCCCCGUUGCCACUCUGGACAUCGUGAACGUCCAAAUGGCGCCCGACGGCAACAGUGUCACCCGCGACACUGUCGUUGCUGGUGUGAAUGGUGUCGGCACUUUCCCCGGCCCACUGAUCACAGGCAAGAAGGGUGACAACUUCCAGCUGACAGUGAACAACCAGCUCUCGGAUGUCGCAAUGCUGAAGUCGACCUCCAUUCACUGGCACGGCUUCUUUCAGAAAGGCACCAACUGGGCUGAUGGCCCCGCAUUCGUGAAUCAAUGUCCAAUUGCCACUGGGGACUCCUUUUUAUACAACUUCAAUGUGCCCGAUCAAGCCGGAACGUUCUGGUAUCAUUCCCAUCUCUCUACGCAGUACUGCGAUGGUCUCCGUGGUGCAUUUAUUGUGUAUGACCCGAAUGAUCCACAUGCGAGCCUCUAUGACGUGGAUGAUACUACUACUAUCAUCACUCUUGCUGACUGGUAUCACGCUCUCGCACCGACUAUCACUGGCCGCGCGGUUUCUGAUUCCACCCUCAUCAAUGGGCUUGGUCGGGUCUCUGGUGCCACUUCCGAUCUCGCCGUGAUAUCAGUCGAGCAAGGCAAGCGCUACCGAUUCAGACUGGUAUCCAUCAGUUGCGAUCCUAACUACGUCUUUCAGAUCGAUGGACAUAAAUUCACCGUUAUUGAGGCCGACGGCGUCAACACACAACCUCUAGUAGUAGAUUCCCUCCAGAUCUUCGCUGGCCAGCGAUACUCCCUUGUAAUGACGGCUGACCAGACGGUCGGAAAUUACUGGAUCCGUGCAAACCCAAGCUUCUCUGCCACAAUCGGGUUCACCGGCGGGACGAAUAGCGCGAUCCUCCGGUAUGCAGGUGCGGAUGAGGUUGAACCCACUACUUCUCAAGAUACGUCUACGGCGCCUCUGGUCGAGACUUCCUUGGUGCCGCUCGAGAACCCGGGCGUCGUUGGUCCUGCCAGUCAGCAUUGCGUUGACUGUGCGGAUGUCAACCAUAACUUGAAACUUGGAUUCAUGGCACCGAACUUCACCAUCAAUAACGUGUCAUUUAUACCCCCCAACGUUCCGGUGUUGCUGCAGAUCCUCAACGGCGCACAGGCCGCUUCCGACCUUAUGCCAAAAGGUAGCAUCAUUGAGUUGCCUGCUGGUAAGACUGUCCAGAUCUCCCUCCCUGUCGAUACCACUUCUGCUCCAAGCGGGCCCCACCCUUUUCAUCUGCACGGCCAUAAUUUUGAUGUCAUCCGUGCCGCCGGGCAAAGCGACUACAACUUCGACAAUCCCCCUCGUCGCGAUGUUGUCAGCACGGGCACCAUAGGGGAUAACGUUACUAUACGGUUCUUCACGGACAACGCGGGGCCUUGGUUCCUCCACUGCCAUAUUGACUGGCACUUGGAGGCUGGUUUUGCUGUGGUGUUCGCGGAGGACAUCGGCGACGUGGCUGCCCAGGAUCCGGUUCCCGAAGCCUGGAGUGCCCUGUGCCCUAAAUACAAUUCGCUCACCCCAACCCAGCUCGGCGGUAUUCACUAG